AUGAAAGAUAUCCACGUAACGCUGGCACCGGGGCCACACCUGGAGGCCAUUACGACUCAAGUCGCGCAUGACCUUAAUGGUUCUAUUCGAAAGCUGCAUGGAAAGACGACUCGUAUAAACCUAUUACAAUGGUUCAGACAUGAGUUUGGCCUGUCGUCGACCAAUGGAAUAUACGGACCCGAAAAUCCAUUCAAAGACCCUAAGGUCGAAGCCGGGUUUUGGGCCUUCGACGAUAACAUUUCCGACCUGCUCAUUACGCCCAAAGCCAGCUUCACAUGCCCUUCCGGUGAUCGAGGCCGAGCCGACGCUUGGAAAGGAUUCGCGGAAUAUUUUGCAAACAAUGGCCACGAAAAGGGUUCCGAACUCGUAAAGAUUCGUCAUAAACAUGCUGCCGAGCGUUGUCUUUCUGAUCUCGAUAUCGGGAAGCUUGAAGUGACGAUGAUUAUCGGCAUCCUGACCAACACUGUUCCUACCAUAUUCUGGGCUGUUUAUUACGUAUACCGCGAUGCGACGCUCCUCCAAGACCUUCGUGAAGAGAUCAGCAAAAUCGCAAUCAAGACCGCCAGCGAAGAAGGUGAACCCACCUGGACUAUCAAGAAUGUCGACUUGAAGAGCCAAGCCCAGUUGCUGGCAGCAACAAUUGACGAAACCUUCCGUCACAGAACGUGCGGCAUCUCUAGCCGUUAUGUGACCGAGGAUGUCACACUGAAGGGCCAGUACCUCCUCAAAAAAGGAACUAUCAUGGAACUUCCCAACAACGCUCUCCACUCCAACCCGGAAUACUGGGGAGCUUCAGUGGACGAGUUUAACCCUCGCCGCUUUCUAGCCAAUCCACGUUCCGCGGAAGCGAAAGCCGCUCGUGGUGCGUUCAGGCCAUUUGGAGGCGGUGCUUCGCUUUGUGCCGGGCGCCAUCAGGCAAUGUCGCAAAUGCUUGGAGCGUUGGCCUUGUUCAUCAUGAGCUCGGAUUGCGAUCCGGUGAGUGGGAGCUGGAAUUUCCCCGGUGCGCAUGGACACACGAUUGCAGCAGCCGUCGAUUUACCCUCGACCGAUCUUUGGUUAAACGUAAAGCCUCGGAAGAAUUUUGAGAGUGAUUACUGGCGGCUUGAUCCGACAGCGAAGGAGUAG